UCUGUGAAGACGCCAAGAUGGCGGCGAGCAACUAUUACGGUUUCGCGCCAGGUGCCGGCCCGCAGUACAGCACUCAGCCUGGUACUGCUUAUUCUCACUCAAGCACUGCAACAAAUUAUUCUGUCCAGCCAAGUCCUGGAGUGUCCCAAGCUGUGACAGCAUCUUAUGCCCCUACAACCCCAACGCCCCGGCAAAUCUCCUCAGUGGGUUUUGGUGGAUACCAAGCCCACUCAGGUCAGGACUACAGUUAUAGCACUCGUCAGCAGGAACUAAACUCGCAGCCUACCACAACACCGAAUUACCAGGAUAGUUACAGUUAUGGACGAUCCACACCUGCUAGCAGCUAUGAGAAUAAACCGUAUUACCAGCCUACUGCUACCCAGGCUCAGCACACUGACACAGACUCUUACUAUCAGUCAGGUACUAAAGGAGGCUACAGUCAGCCUAGCAGUGGUUAUACUCAAACUCAGCCCCAAAGACAAGUGACCACAAUUAAGCCAGUUCAGACAGUGAGUACCACGUCUUCAAGCUAUAAUGCUUACCCAGAAGUGACAACUAUUCAGCCAAAUGCACCUGCUUCCUCUCUUCCUUCAUAUACUCCCUCUUCCUCAUACAGUUCCACUUCGACAUCAUAUACUGGAUCAAGUUAUUCCACUUAUGAUGCUUCAGUGUAUUCUGCAGCUGACACGUACUAUCCAGCACCACAGCAGCUCCAGCCACCGCUUCAGCUCCCUCCUCAGCCUCAGCCCAUUACACCCCAGCAGCAGCAUCCACAGCCUCCACCACAGCCUCUGCAGCCUCCUCCCAUGCCAAAGCCCACAGGGCCAUCCCUGUGGGCCAAUGUGGGGUGUGGUACAAGUACCAGUUCUAUCAGUAGCUUUCCCAAGAAACCACCUUUUCAGAACAAGCAGCUAAAACCCAAAGGCCCCCUCAAACAACCCCAGCUGUACUACUGUGACAUCUGCAAGAUCAGCUGUGCUGGUCCCCAGACCUACAGGGAGCAUUUAGAAGGACAGAAGCACAAAAAGAAAGAGGCAGCUCAGAAGUUGGGUAACCAAUCAAACGUUGGCCUGCGUGGGAUUCAAACACAGCUGCAUUGUGAGCUCUGUGAUGUGUCUUGUACAGGAGCAGAUGCAUAUGCAGCACAUAUUCGGGGAUCCAAACAUCAGAAGGUUAUUAAAUUACAUACAAAGUUGGGGAAACCCAUCCCUUCGGUGGAGCCAGUAUUAGUGAACUCUGUUCCUACCAACAUAGUAAAUAAGCUGGCUCCCAAUGUCUCUACUACUGCCACAACUUCUGUCACACCAGCUAAAGCAGCAAAUGUAGCCAUCACCAACAGCACAAGCUACCCAAGAAGGCCAGUACUGACCAAGAAACCAUUUACCUCAAAGAUAACAUAUGUGGGGACUAACAAGCCACAGGCAGCUGGCAACAGACUUGAAGAGGAGACAGUGGUCCAGUCAAAAUCAGAGCUGCCAAAUGAACAGUCCACACAUGAGAAUUCUGGGGAUGCUUCUGGGACCUUGUUUGAUGUGCAGCCAGUAGGACAUGACUAUGUGGAAGAGGUGCACAAUGAUGAAGGAAAAAUGAUUCGGUUUCACUGUAAGCUGUGUGAGUGCAGUUUUAAUGAUCCUAAUGCCAAAGAUAUGCACCUGAAGGGGCGUCGGCACCGACUACAAUACAAGAAAAAAGUGAAUCCUGACCUCCCAGUUGAGAUAAAGCCCAGCAAUCGGGCUCGGAAACACCAUGAAGAGAAAAUAAAGAAACAGAAGCAGAAAGAUAUGUUGAAGCGAUGGAGAGAGGAACAACAGCGUCGUCAUAUAGAAAUGAGACUCUAUGAAGAAGAAAUACAUUGGAGACGAGUAGGAAAAGAACAGUUGUAUUGGGAAGAACAUAAACACCGAAUAAUGACUGAUUGGAAUCCACCUCCCCUCAUGGGCAGACCAGGGGUACCUGUUCCCUUACUUCUGCAGGGUUCAAGGUAUCCUAACACAUCUGAUGACCGGCAUAUCAUGUCCAAGCACUCUACUAUUUAUCCCACUGAAGCAGAGCUACAGGCCAUCCAGAAAGUAGUUUCUCAUUCAGAGCGAGCCCUGAAGCUGGUCUCAGAUAUCCUGGCAGAAGAAAAAUCUGAACAAGAUGAAGAGGGUGGUGAAAAAGGAAAAAUAGAUUCUUCAUCAAGAAUACUGAAGGGUGUCAUGCGAGUUGGGAUCUUAGCAAAAGGCCUUCUUCUCCGAGGAGACAGGAAUGUGCACCUCAUCCUUCUGUCAGCUGAGAAGCCCACAGAGUCCCUUCUCCAAAAAAUCACUGAGCAGCUACCCAAGCAACUUUUGACAGUAACCGAGGAUAAGUAUGAGGUUUCAUCUGACACAGAAGAAGCAAAUAUAGUUAUUGCCUCAUGCAAGGAACCCAAAAUGCAGGUUACGAUUUCUGUCACAUCGCCCCUGAUGCGAGAGGAUACUUCCACAGCCAAAGAAGAGUCUCAGCCUGAUCCUGUAGAUGUCCUGAGUCAGCAAAAAUGCCUAGAGUCAUUGGCUGCCCUUCGCCACGCCAAAUGGUUCCAGGCCAGAGCUAAUGGUCUGCAGUCAUGUGUGAUUGUUAUCAGAGUUCUUCGAGAUCUGUGUCAGCGUGUGCCAACAUGGGGGGCCCUACCAGACUGGGCCAUGGAGCUUCUAGUGGAAAAGGCUUUGAGCAGUGCAUCAGGGCCUCUGCGUCCAGGAGAUGCCAUGAGGCGAGUGCUGGAAUGCGUAGCCACGGGAACGCUCCUAACAGAUGGGCCAGGACUUCAAGAUCCAUGUGAGAAAAAACAGAUAGAUGUGCUGGAUGUCAUGACAAGUCAAGAACGAGAGGAUGUCACAGCCAGUGCCCAGCACGCUUUACGGAUGUUAGCUUUCAGACAAAUCCACAAAGUACUAGGAAUGGACCCUUUGCCACCACCUAAAAGCAGAGUUGGUUCACGCAACAAGAAACGACGAAGAGACUUCAGUGAGGCAGUGGAAGGAGAGAGUGAAAAGAAGAAAGAGAAAAAAGAGGAUAAGGAUGAUGCCUAAGUACUAUUAUAGCUAAGAUAAUGUUCAUAUACAACUUUAAUUUUUUUAUAUGUACAUACACAUGUAUGCACAUGUAUUCUAUAAAUGUGUGUAUGUAUAUAUGAGUUGCUGUUUAGUCUAUGACAUCUGACAAUUUUAGUGUUUCCACUUGAAUAACGUGCUAUAGAUUUGGUUUUAAAAUUGUGCUUAAAUCAUUUUAAAGAUUGCAUCACUCCAAGAUUGCCUUUGGGCAAUAGCCCCAUUUCACUUUGUCCUUCUUUACCUUUCCCUAACUCCUGAGGAAACCCUUCCCAUGGAAAGAUAGGUAGAAGGAUGAAAGCAUAUUUUUUAAUUCCGGUAUUUCUUUCAAGCUUUAAAGAUGCAUCCCAGCACAUAGAGAGAAAUGCCAGAUAUUGGAUUUGAACCUUAAAAUCAUUUCCUUUGGCUGUUCCAUCCUCAAGCUAGAAUGAAUGUAAAUGUGCCCACCUUGGGGUCUGGACAGCAGGAAGAUUAAUUUGGAAGAAUCAGGGAGAUUAGUUUGCUCUCCCAAAAGAGCAAAAACAAAACAAAACAAAACAAACAAAAACUGAUGGCAGAUAUAGAGCUUUGAGCCAAGAGUCAUACAAGGCAAACAAGUCAGUGAAGCAUUAACAUUUACUUCACUAGCUUUUCAUUAAAUAAAGUCAACAUAAAGGAAAGACACCUGAAAAAAAACCUCACCUGUUCCUGUUAACAUGUUAAAAUCUUCACAAGUUGUAAUGGUUCCAUUAUUGGACUUUGUGGGUGAGAAUUUUGGGGUUUCUCUUUUGAGAGUACUGAGUGUGUUCCAUUAAUGACAGUGAAGGUAGAGGUUGGUGCUGCUGUAUGAACAGGCUUUGGUGAUGGAGUGAGAGUAUAGUCAGUACUCACUUUAAAAAUACCUGUUAUUUACUUGAGAACCACUUAACCACAGAAAUUUUCCAUAUACCAAUGAGUGCCUUCUAAAGAAAGGUGGCCGAGUCUCACAUAGUGAACAGCUUAUUUUUCAUUUUAAUUUAAGGUAAGUUUUUUCUUCUAUUUUUUUUUUCUAGUUUCAGUCUCAUUUUUAAUAUCAUCCAGGUCUGAAGCUUAGGCUUUUUUGGUAAUACCGCUCUAGAAUGGAAAGGCCAGAGAAUUCAGGAUUUGGUUGGGCAGCUACCCAGGAAGGCCUUUGAGUGUUUGUAUGUGACAAGUGUCCUUCUGGCACAGUGGAAAGUGGGAAGAAUAGAGCAGAUGCUAGUGAUGAGGUGAGAUGGAGGUAGCAAAGUCAGUGAACUAGGGAGGCCCAUCGCCCCACCCUAAUCAGUUUAACCUCUUUUUUUGUAGAGGGUUUCUCAAUUGGUUGCCUUAUGGCAUAUAACAAGAAAAAAAAGCAUAUUAUAUUUUGACAGAUGCCGUGAUCUAUGGUCACUUGACACAAUUUAUUUUAUUUCAUUUUUUUAUGUGUUAAAAGGAGAGCCAAUAAUGUGGCUUUAAUAUUUGAAUGACUUUGUAGUGCUACCUGGAAAUUUAAAAAAGGAGAAAAAUAAAAUGAAAAUUAUGCUUCCAUUUUUUCCUA